AUGUCUCAAAAACAAAACGUGGAAACGACAAUUCCUUCAUCAGAUAAUGCUAAUUAUGUGGACGUCUACGAUUAUAAUCGCCAUCAAUCGAAAAAUCGACAAAAUUUCAUGUCCGAUCAACAACGUUUAGAAAAAUUCCAGCAACUUUUUAUUCAAUAUGAAAUCAAUGCUACAUUUGCUUCAAAGUUACAUAGUUUAGAUGGUUAUGAAAUUGUUUUUAUUUGUGAUGAUUCAAGUUCGAUGAGUACAGAACUUAGUGAUGUUUCUGGACCAUAUAAAAAGGCGCCAACUCGCUGGGAUGAACUGAAACAAACAUUAUCAAUUGUUGUUGAUUUAGCUAGUACACUUGAUCCAGAUGGUGUAGAUGUUUAUUUUCUUAAUCGUGAACCAAUGUAUAAUAUAAUUUCAGGUCCAACACCAAUGGUUCGAGUUCUUCGACAAGUUCUAAAAGAUAAAAGAAACGAAAUUCAACAACGUAAAUUACUUAUUCUCUUAGCUACAGAUGGAGAACCAACAGAUGAUAUUGGUCAACCAAGAAUCGAUGAAUUGCGACAAUUUUUGUUACAUGAACGCAAACCUAUAGACAGAAUUUUAAUUACAAUUAUUGCUUGUACAGAUGAAGAUGAAUGCAUGUCAUAUUUAAAUAAUUGGGAUAAAGAUAUUCCAAAUUUUGAUGUUGUUGAUGAUUAUCGAAAUGAAAAAAAAGAAAUUCUUGCAUGUCAAGGAAAAUCAUUUCCAUUCAGUUAUGGUGAUUAUGUUGUGAAAAUGCUUAUGGGUUGUAUUGAUCCUUGGUUUGAUGAAUUGGAUGAAAAGAAAUUAACAACAGAUGAAUAUGAACGAUCUGCACCGAGAUUCGCACUAAAUAAUAAUUUUUAA